AUGAUGGAGAGUGCUGCUGCAGCGGGCCACCGGCAGCAGCAGCAAGAGCUGCUCCAGGGCGGCCUGCUGCAGCCCCCCCAGAUGCUGGGGGCCCUCCCGCCUCAGGCGCUGCUGCCCCUAGGCAUACAGCAGCCAGGAUAUCACUUUCUGCUGCCAGGGGGUGACCUGAGGGGCCCCCAGCAGCUGCCGCAUCUGGCCGCAGCAGCAGCAGGUGGUCCGCAGCAGAUGCAGGCGUUUGGGUCUGCUGCGCGGCCGGGCGCCGGGGCUCCGCUGCACCCGAACCAAGCAGCAGCAGCCGCUGCAGCAGCUGCAGCAGCAGCAGCAGGAGCAGCAGCCAUCCCCGUCUACGGCAUCGUCGGCAGCAACUUGCUGCCCUGCGGCGCAGGUCUGCCGCUGCCCCACUGCGGGGAGGUCCCCCUGGUAAUGCCUGCUUCAGUGCCGCCGCCGCUGCUGCAUGUGAUGCAGCAGCAGCAGCAGCAGCAGCCGGGGCCCUUGGCAGGGGGAGCCCCUCCCCCGCUGCACGUUGCAGGGACGCCUGCUGUGCCUGCGGACGCCCGGCAGCAGCAACACCCGAGGGCGGACCCGGGGCUGCAGCAGCAGCAGCACUUCAGGAUGCAGCAGCAGCAGCAGCAGCAGCCCGGGGGAAGAGCCUUGUCUCGCCCCGUCUCCGAGAUGGCAGGCCCUGCUACAGUUGCUGCUGCCCCUGGAGACGCCAGGGGCUCCCUUGCGGAGGGCCCCCCACCGAUGGCUGCAGCGGCAGGGGAUGCAGCAGAGACAAGCGCGCAGCCCUCGAGCUUUGCAGCAGCAGCAGCAGCACCUGGUGCUGCAGGAGCCCCGCAGCAGCAGCAGCAGCAGCAACAGUCUGACCGACGUGCGAGAAAGAAAGUGCAAAACGUCCCAGUAGAUCGGGCGGUGGCUGAGCAGCAGCAACAGCAGCAGCAGCAGUCAAAGGCGCUGCGAAAAGAACGUCAGACCGAGCCACCUGCUGAUGCAGCAGCAGCAGCAACAGCAGCAGAUCAGGAGCCGCUGCAGCAAGGCUCAGCAGCGGCAAGGAAACCUUCGACGUCUGCAAAUAGAGCGUUGACCCCAGGAGAUGCAGCAGCAGCAGCGCCUGCUGCUGCUGCUGCACCAGGCAGCAGACGUGCGUCUCGCCUUAGCAGCCCUCGCCGGGGCCGGAGUCCCAGAGGCAGCAUCGGAGCACAUCAACAGCCGCAGCAUCAGCCGCAGCAGCAGCAGCCGAGUCGAGCAGCGCUGAAGCCAGAGUCCAGCGGCACAGGUGAUGCGCAGCAACAGCAGUUGCCGGCGCAGCAGCAGCACAAGAGGGAAGCAAGCCGGAGUCCUUCCGCCGCUGCAGCAGCAGCAGAUAAGCAAAACACCGAAGUAGAUGCAGCAGCAGCAGAAGACACGCCGCCCUCGACUGCUACAGCAGUCCCUUCGCAUGCUUCAGAGGAACCAGGGGGAUUCUCGCCGGUGCGCGCAGCCGAGCCAGCGGCAGCAGCAGCAGCUGCUGCUGCUGCUGCUGCUGCUGCAGCAACUCUGCAGCAGAAGCCUUUGGGACGCAGUAUAGACGCGCUUAGCCCUGAAAGCACAGGACCUGCUGCAGCUGCAACAGCAGCAGCAGACACGCCGGUUGUCCGUCGUGCAGUGUCUCCCGGAGCUGGAGGCGCGGCGCUGGGUGCAGGACCCGCAGCAGCAAAGGCACCCGCUACACCAGCAGCAGCAGUAGCAGCGCCUGGCCA